ACUUCCCAAGCCUCGACCGCAUCCAGGCGUUGCCAACUCAUUGGAGCUAGGGCGGUUCACUACUAGCUACCCCGACCGUCUAAACGAUCUACCCAACGAACGUCGAAAAUGAGCAGGACCGAGUCUUCGCUCAUUAACAACAUUCACGACAUCGAACAAAACUAUGGCUCGACGCAAAUACGCCAAGAUGAUGGAGCAAUUGCGAACAAUCAGUCCAGCAUCACCAGAUUCACCACUAGCAAUGCUGGGAUGCUACUCAUCAUAUCCUCCCAAUUUUUCUUUGCUUCCAUGGAUAUCUCGGUGAAGAUGCUAAACGCCUUGGAGCCUCCGGUUCACGCGCUUCAGAUUAUUGUGAUCAGGAUGGGCAUCACAUUGAUAUGCUGCGAGAUAUAUAUGACUGCUAUGGGAAUCCCUGACCCGAUAGCUGGCCCCAAAGGCGUUCGAAUGAUGCUGCUCAUUCGUGGCAUCACUGGGUUUUUCGGGCUAUCUGGCUUGUACUGGUCGCUCCAGUACUUGUCUGUCGCAGAUGCUACGGUCUUGAUUUUUUUGACACCCCUUACGGCGGCUGUAGCUGGGUCCACCCUCUUGAAGGAGAACUACUCCAUCAAGCAAGCUGUCGCGGGAGUUUUCAGUUUACUUGGUGUUGUCCUCAUUGCCAGGCCCGCGAUCCUGUUUGGCUCCCUGGAUGUCACUCCCCAAGGACUCCGCCCAGACGCGACCUCUGCGCAAAGGCUGACAGCUGUUGGGGCAUGUAUGAUCAGUGUGCUGGGAAAUACUGGAGCAUAUACCUCGAUUCGUGCAAUUGGGAAGCGCGCUCAUCCGAUGCAUAUAAUGUCAUUCUUUUCGCUAUGGUGCACCAUCAUAUCGUCUUUGGGGAUGGUUGUCUUUAAAAUUCCCAUUGUAUAUCCUACAUCAUGGACGUGGGUAUUUCUUUUGUUCAUGGUUGGUGUCUUUGGCUAUGUGGCGCAGACUCUUUUGACAAUGGGGCUGCAACGCGAAACUGUGUCACGUGGUGUCACUGGGAUGUAUGCCCAGGUGCUAUUCGUUGUGGUGCUUGAACGCAUAUUCUUGGGAGUUGUACCGUCUUUAUUGUCUGCUCUCGGCGCCGCCAUCAUCAUGUCCUCGGCUCUCUAUGUCGUUAUGCAAAAGGAGAAACCUAAACAAGUCGGCGUCGCUGACAAUACCACAGCAUAAGAUCAUGGACCCGGCGCCCACUCCGAGAUCACAUUAAUUCCCCUCGCUUCUUCAGAAUACUCGGCAGCUGUGGGUGAUUGGUUGGGAAUGUCACGUGCAUGUAAUAGAGUGCGACGAUCUAAGGGCCGACGUAAAUUUAUAUUACGACUUACCAGUAGCAUCGAUGACAACCUAUGAUAGCCACCCACAAAUAUAGCCGCUUGCACCUAACAACGAGGUCAAUUGCAAGGUCAUCGAUAUCAGUCACUUGCCUCGAGCCACAUCUUACCAUUUCCCUGACAACUUGAAUAAG